AUGCCACGUAAGCUACGUAAGAAUAUACGUAAGAGGAAGGGAGCAUUGAAACAUCCAAUAGUAAAACUGACACCACAACAACAGUUGCAACAACAAAUGCUGAAUGACCCCACUAUGUUGCAACAAAUGUCAAGCAACCCUAUGCUUUUAAACCGAGUUAUUGGUGCACAGAGUGGAGGUUUAAGAGCGGCACUUUUAGCGAAAAUGGCAGGCUAUGGUGGAGCUGCAGACGGAACAGCUUAUAACCCUCAAAGUCAAAUGAAUUUGAGUUCACUCAAAAAUCAAAUAACAGAUGUCAAAAAGUCAAACAUAGACAUACAGAAACAAAUAAGUGAAAACGAAAAGAAACUAGAAUAUGACAGACACACAAAGAAACUCAAUGAGUUAAACGUAGAGAAAAAGAAGAAAGAAGAACAACUGAAAGAACUAAGUACAGAGGAAUAUGCGAAAAAAGUGUCAGAAAAAGCAGCAGAAGUAGCAAAAAUGGAACAAGAUGUUAUAAAUUUGAAAAACCAUACUACUCAAUAUAAAGUACUGAAAGAUGAAGAAAUAAAACAAAAAGCCCUGAAGACAUAUAUGGAUAGCGAUGAGUAUAAAAAAGAAGUUGAAGCAAAUGUAAAGGCAGAAAAACUUUUACAGUUGCAAAACCAAACCGUACAGUAUGAAAACUUAGCACAAGAAAGUAAAAAUAACGACGCAGCCAUGCAAAAGGCAAUGAAAAGCGCAGAAUAUAUAAAAGCUAAUAAUGACUGGUUAGACGCCCAAGCCAACGCUAAAGCAGCCCAACUUAUAGGGUCAAUAAGGACAAAAAUACAAGCGGAUGAAGACAGUUCAAAUGAAGCUUUAACGAAUGCUGACUUUAAGAACGCCUUCGAAGCUCUUCAUAGUAAGGUGAAACUAGUGAACGACUUCUCAUCUGGAAAGAAACUGAAGUCUGAAGGUUUCGACAAAGAGUUAAAAGAAGUAGCACAAAAUAUGACGAAAAUAACAGAUGCAGCAACGAGACAGGCAGUUCAAAGUGCCCAUGACGCCGUUAGAACAGCUGUUGUGGAAAGUCAAGAAAAAGAGUUACAACAGACCAAAAGAGACCUAGUAAAUGCUUUCUUAAGAACGAAAAGUCAGGUAGGACAUUAUGCUGCAGAUGGAACAUAUGUGCCAGCUGGUGGAACUUAUAUACCAGCUGGUGGAACUUAUAUACUAGCUAGUGGAACUUAUAUACCACCAAACCCUCCAAGAGAAGCACCUGCACCAGGACUACCUAAAACAUUUACAUCGUCACAUGGACACAGACACAGGCAUGCACCAAAACCAACACAACAACCAACAGUUCAAAAUCCAGCACCACAACAACAACAACAACCAGCACAACAACCACCUCCACAACCAGCACAGCAACCAACAGUUCAAAACCCUGCACAACAACCACCUCCACAACCAGCACAGCAACCAACAGUUCAAAACCCUGCACAACAACCACCUCCACAACCAGCACAACAACCACAAACAGAGCAAGGACAUAAAAGAAGUAGAGAACAAGGAAACCAAGAUUUCUUAAAAAUGCUUAAGGAAGAAUAUGGUUACCCAGAUACUCUUGACUUUAGUGACAGAUAUAAAGAAGCUAUUAGAAAGUUCAAGGAAGGAAAUACAGACCCGAACCUAUUUAGCUUUAUGGUUCAGCACCAAAUGGGAUAUAAUUUCAAACCUGGAAAAUACAAGCUCGCUAAGGGAUAUGAUUUAAUAGCAUAUCAUCCAAAUGACAUGAACGAAUUUACUCCGAGAUAUUUGGUGUCAGAGCUAAAUGACAAUUCAACUCUCUUCAUGAAACGCGUAAAAAAUAGAGACGGAACGAAAGAAGAAAG